GAGCAAACAAAUAUAUCGAAUAAGUGUGUCGUUUCUGAAUAAAAAAAUACGCAGGCAUUUAAAAUCUUUACCAAUUUUUAAAUUCACUCACAAAAAAGCAAACAUGAACCCCAACAUGAACAUGAUGCCGAUGUCGGGCCCGCAGAUGAUGCAGGUGAUGCAGUCGUCGCCUCAGCCCAUGAUGCCGGCAGUCCCACCCGGUCCCGUGCCCCAACAGCAGCAGCAGCCCUUGCAGCAGCAACAACAGGCCGAGAAACUGGACAACAUAUCGCGGGUUAAGAGUCUACUGGGUCCGCUGCGGGAGUCGAUGUUCCUAACCAUCCGAUCGAGUGCAUUCACGCUACAGCAGAACAACCUGGCGGACAAUCUGAAGCGGGAUACUGGAGCCCAUGGCCAUCAUGUGCCACGAUUCGAUAAGCAUCUGGAAGACUUCUAUGCCUGCUGUGACCAAAUCGAGCUACAUCUGAAAACGGCGAUGCAGUGCCUGCAGCAGCAGAAUUCCUCCAACCAUUAUCUGCCUGGUCUGGUUACGCCGAUGCGAAUGGAAAGCUUCAUGCCCGAAAACACCGGACCCAUUCCUUACCCCACUUACUUGAAUACAGUGCGAGUGCACGUUCAGUCGGCGAAGGACAUUCACGACACCUUGAUUAGUGCAGCCCAAAACAUAUCCCAAGCCGAUUGAUAGUUGU